UCCCUGCCCUCCGUGGGGCGGAGGGACGGAGCGCUCGGCUGUCCCCGGGCGGUGCCGGCCCCGCCGCCCGCCCCGGCCCGCCCCGCACACCUCGGCCCGCCCCUGGCGACCUGCGGGCGGCUGAGGUGAGGCUGCGGCGCUGGGGCCGCUCCGCUCCUGCCCGCGCAGGUGACAUCGCGCAGGUGACAUCGCGCAGGUGACAUCGCGGGCGGAGCAGCCGCCGCCCCGGGGAAGCGCCCGCGGCUCCGGACGCGCGUCCCCCGCCCUGUCCCUCCCCGUGGACUCCGGCGUGACCCUGGGGGCAGGCAGGGACCUGCCGCACCCCUGCGCUGUGCCCGGCCCGCCUGCGGAGGAAACCCGGGGGAAAAGCGCCCAUUUGGUUCUGUUAAGCACCGCGGCAGGCUUAAUUCUCCACACAGAAAUUGAGGCUGAAUAACGUGCACAUGCCGAGUACUGGAGGAGAGGCUGAAGGACAUCCUGUUUUGUUUCAGCAGUGUUGUUAUUCUUUGGGGUGAAAUGAAGAAUUUGAUUUUGUUUUGGAAACACUCAUAUUUCUGAUGCAGCUGAACUUCAGUAACCUUCUUGCGGUACAGAUUUCAACAAAUUAUUUUUUUCUCUUGAACAAGGAUGCAGAAGUUGUCAGUGGUAGAAAGUCUUGGUAAUACAGACAUACCACGCUGUGAGCCUCCAAAAGACCUGGCAGCUGAGGCAGGUGGCGUGUCUCUCCAUGAAAGUGGCUGUAACUGGAAUGAAAGCACAAGUAAUGAAGAAAUUGUUAAUCUUGAAGCAACGCAGCAAAGCCUCCCUGUAAUGAACGGCGAAGGGAGAAGUUGUGAGGAGUUCUCCGAGAGCAGCUUUAGUACCUCAGAACCCAGUGGUUCCUGGGGUGAUUUUGAAGGCUUCAAGGAGCCCUUAGACAAAUCAGAGAGAUUCAGUGAUAACCUUGGAGUUUUGGUGAAGUCAGCAAAAACCUGGGGAGCCGGUCCGGACCUAAGCAGCGGAGGCUGCAGCGUUUCUGCUGCCCACGUGUGUGCUGAGCCAUCUCUGUGCCAUGGCGUGCAGGAGGCUGCUCUGAGUGAGGAAGAUCACAGCUAUGAGGAGAUAUUUAAGCUGGGCUUUCCAGAAGUUUUUGUACCACAGUCCAGAGAGUGCAUAAGAAGCUUGGAGCAAGUUCUUGAUGCAAAUAAUAAAGAUGUUUGGAUUCCUGAACUUUUGAAGAAUCAACUUUGCAUGGAUUCUGGAAGCAUAUGGAGAGCACUCAGGGACUUUGAUAAUACCCCCAGCUCAAGACAUCCCUGGAGUAAAUCUCAUUGCCAGGAAAACCUCUUGAGUGUUCUUGGAGUAGAUGCAAAUCAAAAGGACGUUUCAGAGAACCAGGCUGAUAUUUUUGAAGAAUCAAACGUCAAAGAUAAUGAGGACUUUAGAUUUGAUGGAUUCAGUGUUAAUGACUGCAAAGCAUUGAUCCAGACCAAGCUUUCUGUGUCACCAGACCCCAGACAUGGUCACCUUUUCACCUGUAACCUCUUUUUGAAGACCACGUCAUCAAAUGAAAACACACAGUGUAUAACAAUCCCAAGGAAGAAGCAGAUUUUUUCUACACACAACCUAAAAAUGAAAUUUUUCAGUAGUGAUGUUUGUUGAACUAAAUGCAAUUUUUAGCCUUUUUUUCCUUUUUUUUUUUGAACUGAAUGCAGUUUACCUUCAUUUUGUUACUGACUUGGUACUAUAGACUACAGACAUUCUUUAGGAAAGUGACAUAUUUCUGUAUAUGAGGGACCUGAGGCCAUGGUAUUAGAAGAUGUUUCUCCUGUUUAGUUGAGAAGUCAAAUUGUGUAAUUUUGCCCUGCUAAGUUUUGCUGCAGAGUCGUGUCUCUUACAGUAAAUGCUGCAGCUGCAACCACACUUUGAGAUAACUCCGGUGGACUCUCCUGAGCUACUGACCUUUCAGGCCUUAAUGCCUCUUCAAUCAAAACCCUUCUUUCCCUGCCAAAGUCUGCACAAGUCUCAGGUGUGUUGUAACGUGCCUUCCAACCAUCUCUCCUCGUACUUGCUCCAGUUUGGAUCAGCUGAGACCUGUGGCUUUGCCACUGCUGGGUGUAAUGAGAAGAGCCUUCUUCAUUUGGGGACUUUCAGUGGGGUUUAGCAGAAUAAAAGUGUUUUAAUUUCUGUCUGUUGAAGCCCGCUGUGGUGAUAGGGGGUGGAGGCAGCAAAAUGCUUCAUUCUGGGAUUGAUUUCUGGCUGAAAUAAAUGACCUUGUUGAAGCUGAUUGCCACAGGACACGUUGGGUUCAUCCAGCCACACGUACACCGUGCACAUCCUGCUUGUAAAAUCUCAGCAGUGGUGCAGUUCAGGACAUGAAUAAUGGUGUAAAUUCCUGCCCUUUUAAAAUUUUAUGGAAACUGUCAACUCUUGCCCAUCUUCCUGCACGCCUGAGUGCCGCAGGGGAUGCGCUUCACUGUCACUCAGGAGAAUCCGUGCUGGUUCCCUGCCAACUGCAACAGCUUUAUUUAUUCAUUGGCAGUAACUUUUACACAAGUUACUGAUCUAUUUGCUGCUCUGGCCAUUCUGAAUAUGGAAAUUUUUAUAUGGCUUUUCUGUUUUAAAGGGUUGCUAAGCAUGGCAACUGAUAUUUUAUGUGUUGAAAGCAGUGAACAAAGUUGGGUGUUCCGAAACUAAGUCAGUUAAUUAUUUAAUGAUGUGGAUAUUCUGUUCUUAGAAUUAAGAAUACUAUAAAGCACUGGCAGACUUCAACCCUUAAUCUAGUAAACUGUUCGGCAAUGACAUAACAGUUGCUGUAAUAACUUCAGUAAUGCUGAUGAUACCUCAGUGCUCUUAGCAUGGGAUGAACUCUGUCCUGCUUACUCAGUAGAUGGAACAGGGCACUUGGAAAAAUGCUCUUUUAAAGUGGCUCUGCAGCUUCCCUGGCUCUGGAGGGAGUCCUGCAAUGCCAAGCUAGAAACUCCAUCUGUAUACAAGAAAAGGAUUAACUUUUUCAGCUAACCCUAGAUUUAAAUUAAUUUUCAGUUUCCCUUAUAUUCUUUCAGAGCUCAUAAACAUGUAUUAAAUAGGUUGUAGUCAUAAGCUCACAAAAUGUUAAAUUGCCAGUAAAUGGUGAAUGAAUAGUUGAGGUUAGUAAUAAACAUUAUUAAAAUAAAUUAUAAGAUUAAACCCCCAUUUUCAUGCCUUCAGACAAGCAGGGGCCUGCAGAGGGGCUUUAGGGGGCAACUUGUAGCGUGUGCAACAUUCACUGAUGUAUCCAAGCCCUCUUUUCCUCUGGGCUUUCAAUUUUGCCUUUGCUUUUGUGAGCACUGGAUGAAUGGAUGGAAAAAUGUUUGUCACUCUUACUCUA